GUUAAUAAGGUCAGCCUCCCAAAGACACCGGGGAAGGCCUCCUCGCCACGUGACCUUGGGGGUGCCAAUGUCCUUCCAGGAAGGGGCCACCAAGAGCCUGGUAGCCGCCAGCCAGAAGUCCGGGGAGUGCCAGCCAUGCAGAAGACCACCUAUUACGACACCUCCACGCUCUUCGGGGGCUACUCCUAUCAGGGAGCCAAUGGCUUCGGGUACGAGGCUCCCCAGCAACCUUUCCAGCCCGCUGCUCAUGUGGAGAGCGACUACCAGAGGCCGGCUUGCACCCUCCAGUCCCUCGGCAACGCCGCCCCCCUGGCCAAAACGAAAGACCUGAACGGGAGCUGCAUGCGCCCCAGCCUGCCCCCGGAGCACCACCCGCCCCCGCCCGUCUCGCCACCCUCGAAUCCCAUCACCAGCAGCAGCAGCAACAGCAGCAGCAGCAGCAACGGGGGAAACAGCAAUAACCAUAGCCAGCCUGGGGGGGUGAAAAGCGCCCCCAGCAAAGCCAGCCUGGCCUCUAGUAACGCGGCUCUCACCAAGCAGAUUUUCCCUUGGAUGAAAGAGUCGAGGCAAAACUCCAAGCAGAAAAACAGCUCCCCCAGUACAGAAAGCUGCAGCGGUGAGAAAAGCCCUCCGGGCUCCUCGGCUUCCAAGAGAGCCCGCACUGCUUAUACGAGCGCCCAGCUGGUCGAGUUGGAGAAGGAAUUCCAUUUCAACCGCUACCUUUGCAGACCCCGCCGGGUGGAAAUGGCCAACCUGUUGAAUCUCAGCGAGAGGCAGAUCAAGAUCUGGUUCCAGAACAGGAGAAUGAAAUACAAAAAGGAUCAGAAGUCAAAAGGCUUGGGGUCUUCUUCAGGGGGCCCUUCCCCCACUGGAAGCCCUCCCCAGCCCAUGCAAUCCUCUGCUGGGUUCAUGAACGCUCUGCACCCCAUCACUUCAAACUAUGAUGCCCCAUCUCCACCCUCCUUCAACAAACCCCACCAGAAUGCCUAUGCCAUGCCCACUGCCUACCAAAACCCCAUCAAAAGUUGCCCCACCCAACAGAAGUAUGCCAACACGGCACCUGAAUAUGAUCCACACGUCUUACAGGGUAACGGGGGAGGCGGCUACGGCCCCCCUAAUAUGCAAGGCAGUCCAGUGUACGUUGGUGGCAACUAUGUGGAUUCUAUGCCUGCUUCUGCCCCCUCACUGUAUGGGCUGAACCCCCUCCAGCACCACCAGCCUCCAAGCAUGGAAUACAAUGGUGCCCCUCAGAUGGGGUCCAAUCAGCACCACGGAACUUGUGAGUCUCAUCCAACGUACACAGACCUUUCCACCCACCAUGCUUCUACUCAGGGCAGAAUCCAAGAGGCGCCCAAACUAACCCAUCUGUGAUGAGGGAUGGGACAGACUGGGAGGGGGGAGUUAAUGGAGAACUGGAACUGAGGGCAGUUGUUGGUUGGGUGGUUGUGUAGGGGGAGUGUCAGUGGGCUCUUACUUCAAAAACAUUUGUGUUGAAACCUUUUUGGGGAAAGGGGUUUGAAAAUGGUUACCAUCUGAUCCAGUCAUCAGUGCUUCUUGCUACUCUGUAGAAAUUGAGGAUCUGUUUGAGGGUGGCUUUCUCCAGUGCUGCGGUUUCAGAAAUGGGAGUCUUAGGCCUCCUGGGAAGUCAUGAUUCUACCUGGAGGCUCUGCCACCAAUUCCAUUCUCAGGUCUGUGGGGGCAGCUUGUGAUUCUGCAGAGUGGGGAAGAAAAUGUUCUCAUGCCUGCUCCUGGUGUAAUGUACUUUCUGAGGUCCAAAACUGAGCUUUGGCUUCAAAAACAAUUAGAAUGGGUUCCAUGCUUGGGUCUGAGAGACCACUACCACCCCGGGUAAAAGAAGUCGUCAUUUAAAAUGAAUGGGUGGACUCAGUAGGGUUUGUUGGUCUCCAGACCUUCCAUUUGGUUCACUUUAAGAUCUUACUGCCUGACAGUGCUACCCUAAGCAGAGUUACACAUUUCUAAAUAAGUUAAAGCGAAUGGACUCCAAAAGGUUAAACUCUGCUUAAGACCAUUCUAAACAUGUCCCACCCCCUCCUGAUCAAAUUACAUAUACCCUCAGUACUAUUUAGGCAGUGAAAGAUGGAGGCAUAAUUCUGUAUUGCAGACUAUUUCAAAGUGAAGGUUAAGUCGUAUUUCUGAAUACUUCCUCUUUCGGUAGUCUCUGCAGGCAGUAAAACUAGUUUAUCUCCCCAAUCUGCUAAUUUUCUAUUUGCAGGGUGGCUGUUGUUGUUUUAAAUGGAUAGGAGAAUUCAGAAACCUCAAUCCCCCACCAUCAGUCCAAAGUGGCACAGCGCUCUGCCAGUUCAUUCUACCACCUUACACCUGUCCAUCUCCUAAUGUAUUACAUGGAUAUUUGCACCCCACCUUUCUCCCCAGUAGGAACCCAAACCAGUCACAUACUCCCCUCCACCGGUUUGGCUGAGAGUCACUGAUUGGCCCAGGGUCACCCGGCCAGCUUCCAUGGCAGAGUGGGGAUUUGAACCUGGGUCUUCCACAUCCCAGUCUUACACUCUAACCAUUACAUAUACUGGCUCUCAAUUUAACAUCCUGCUACAAUUCUUUUGUGGAUAUAGCCUGUAUAGCAAAGUUAAUGGUCAUGUGGGUAGUAAUGUUGGACAUUGUUAGUGGUAAUUAUUUUGCAUUUUAAAAACAUUGCCUUGAGCAUGUGCCCUGUAUAAACUAUACAGCAGCAGACUAGCUCUCAUUUACAUAAGAGCCUUUCAUUUUAACUAGAAUACCUAAUUGGUUGACUGAUAAAUCUAUUUAGAUGGCCUGAGAUUAUACUAUGCAGCCCCAGGUACAUUUUGCUGGCAAUGGAAUAUAUAGAAAAGGUUAAAGUUACUGGGCACAAUCCUACAGGAAAUUCUCCUGCCCACUUCCAAUUCAGUGGGGUUGCUUUGUGCAGGACUAGUAACUCUUUCUUCUAUAGAACACUACUAAGUCAAAUAUCCUUAACUGGAAUGGUCCCAUUUCCAUGUGGGCUACCAAAUAAAAUUAUUUAGAAUUGCAGGCUGUGGUUGCAAUCCUAAAAACACUUUCCUGAGAGUAGGCCUGUUGACUAAUAUGGUACUUACUUCUGAGUAGACCUGCUUAGGCUUUCUAUAUUGUUGGAGAAAAGCAAAUACACUGAUACCAGUCACAAUUAAGACUGGUGUGCCUUGGAACAACAAACGGGCCUUCUCAGUCCUUUGAAAAUACUCUUUUUGGAAUCUAUUAAGUCCUUAUUAAUUCUGGGAGCUGAAGAAUGGAUUCCAAGAUUGCAUUUCAUAUUUACCUUUCUCCUGAGGUUUCAACACAAUUUUUUUGAAUGUGUAAAAGGGUACUAAUUUUUUGUAAGGGGAUAAUCUGAGAGAAAUAGAUAAUUUAAUUUCUUUUUUGAAAGGAAAGAAAUCUUACAAUAUGCAGACAAAAUUGCGGAUCUGGUUACAUGGCCUGUUAAAGCUAUGUCCCCUCCAAACUAAUCUAAGUCACAAAUGUAUUAAUACAUAAAAGGAUAUCCAAGAGGUUGAGUGAAAACUGCCUUCAUGAAGUCUCCUAUCCCACCUUCUGACCACUACACACAAUCUGUGGAACUUUCCCUUCGAAACUGAUACUGCACCCUUCUUUCCUCCCCUCCCCCUAACCUUACAGUCAGAAACUUUGCAUCCUGGCCAAUACUUCCAGCUCCAUUUCUUCUCUCCUUCCCAGUAUCUACCAGAAGCUUUCAAGAACUGGGGGAGUGGAGGAAACUGGGCUGCCCCUUUGCAAAAGGAAAGUGAGACUUUUUAAAAACAAAAAAUAAGGAGCAAGAGUCCAAACACAGAAAGGGAGGAAGACACUUUGACACGUGCCCAUUCUGAGCUCUCCUUCUUCAUGAAGCAGCUGCCUCUCUUUCUUUAGGGUUCAUGAAGGGUGGAAAGUCUAAAGGCAUCUUGCGUCUCCUCUCCUCUAGAAAGUGAAUACAGGGUAUAUUUGAACAAAAACUGAUAUGUCGCCAAGUGAAAGCGGAAGUAAACUGUCCUUUGGGAGGGGAGGGCAGUGUGGGUGUUUACUGAUGCUUCUUAUUCGGACUGGCAUAUUUCUUGCACUUAGAGUUUACAUUUUAAUGGGUAGAUAUACCAACUUUUGAAGGGCACCCAUUGGAGACGUCUUUCAAUGGGGGUGUGUGCGUGUUUUGGUGAACAUUCAUAUAUAUAAAUAUAAAUAUAUAUAUUAUAUAUUUAUUUGUUAUAGCCAGUUUUAAACUAUUUUUUCUUUUGUUGAUUUUGUAUUAUUUAUCCCCAACAUUAUGUAUUUAUAAGGAAAAAUGUACUUUUUUUAGUAUUUACUUGUUAUAAAGGAACAUGGUGUUUUUUCCCUGUCCAUUGUACAACCUACCUUUCUCUCUCUCUCUCUCUCUCCCUCUCCUCUCUUUUUUAGUUAUUGUAAUUUAGGGAAAAAGCCAGUAGUUACCUUUGUACUUAAAAAGAAUGUGUUUAGUUCUAUUGGAGGCAUGAAAGCAGAGCCAGACUGUAAUUGUAUAGCCCUGAGUUAGAAGAACUAGCUAACCCCCUUCUUCCCUUUCUCCGCCACUUCUUCUGCCCUUCUUUUUUGAAACAUUUUUCUUUGUUAUUUACAGUAGAUAACUUUAUUUCUUUGCUUAAGGGUUGUCUGUUGAACAAUUCUUGAAUAAACUUUCUGUUCUUUA